GCGAGAGAGGGGGUAGGAGAGGGAGUACAUUCACCACUGGCCGCCUGUGUGAGGCGGGGUCUCGACGCUGGGCGAGUGGAUCAGUUGCCCCUUUAAGGGGCGAUUGCCUCGCACGCUGUGGCCCGGCAUGCAGCGCAGUUCCGUGCCAGGCGUUGCAGCGCGAGCGGUGAUGGAAGCGUCGAGGGCGCGCCCGGGGCCCGAGGAGCAGCAGUAGCGCGCGCCCGGGGCCAAGCGGCAGCAGCAGCGCGCGCCGGGGGCCGAGGAGCAGCAACGCGCGCGCGCGCGCCGGGGCCACAGCCGGAGUGUGCGCGGGCAGCAGCGGGGAUUCCAAGCCGGACCCCCCAGCCCCAGCCCAGUGGCUGCCGUCCGCUGCUCAGUGCGCACCAUGACUGCCAACACCGCCGGCUGCCGCUUUGCAGAUUACUUCGUCAUCUCUGGUCUGGAUGUAGAGACCGGCUUGGAGCCGGACGAGCUCUCGGGAGGCCUUAAAAUUUAAAGAAAAGAGAGAAUAUUCAUCAGAUCAGGCAGCAUUUGUGGAGAGAGAAACUGAGUUAAUUUUUAAGCUUUAUGCCAGUUCUUACAGGCUUCUAAAGGCAGAGAUGGUGCUGGGCGUGUCAGUUCAAGUGCAGAUGAAGGUGAAAAUUAUGAGCAGAGCCCUUUGCGCAGAACUUUUAAAUCUAAAGUGUUGGCUCACUAUCCAGAAAAUGUGGAAUGGAACCCUUUUGACCAGGAUGCUGUUGGGAUGCUCUGUAUGCCCAAAGGCCUUUCCUUUAAAACGCAAUCUGACAACCGUGAUCCACAAUUCCAUUCGUUUAUCAUUACACGUGAAGAUGGUUCUCGCACCUAUGGAUUUGCUCUCACGUUUUAUGAAGAGGUGGCAAGUAAACAGAUCUGCAGUGCAAUGCAAACACUGUAUCACAUGCAUAAUGCAGAACAAUACGACAUCCUUCAUACCACGUCUACAAUCUGCAUAAACUCAACUGAAAGUAUCUCUGAAGAUUGCAGUGACAUAUCUACUGGAGUGACAAAACUGCAGCGUUUUAACUCGUAUGAUAUUAGCAAGGAUACACUCUAUGUCUCAAAAUGCAUUUGCUUGAUUACACCCCUCCCUUUCAUGCACGCCUGUAAGAAGGUUCUUGAACAACUCCAUCAAGCUGUGACAUCUCUUCAACCUCCUCCGCUACCACUAGAAAGUUAUGUUUACAAUAUCCUAUAUGAAGUGCCACUGCCACCAGCAGGGAGAUCUUUAAAAUUUUUGGGUGUAUAUGGCCCAAUUGUUUGUCAGAGGCCAAGCGCCAAUGAGUUACCACUGUUCGACUUUCCAAUUAAUGAAAUGUUUGAACUAUUGGGUCUGGAAAAUGUGCUCCAACUCUUCACCUGUGCAUUGCUUGAGAUACAAAUCCUGCUGUACUCCCAACAUUACCAGAGAUUGAUGACAGUAGCAGAAAGUAUCACUGCAAUACUCUUUCCCUGUCAGUGGCAGCAUGUGUAUGUCCCUAUCCUCCCUGCAUCGCUCCUUCAUUUUUUAGAUGCUCCUGUUCCUUACUUGAUGGGUUUACAUUCCAAUGGGCAGGAUGACCGGUCCAAAUUAGAGCUACCACAGGAGGCAAAUCUGUGCUUUGUGGAUAUAGACAACCAUUUCAUUGAGCUGCCAGAAGACUUGCCACAAUUUCCAAACAAAUUGGAAUUUAUUCAAGAAAUCUCUGAAAUCCUCAUGGCUUUUGGGAUUCCACCUGAAGGGAACCUGCACUGCAGUGAAAGUGCCUCUAAGCUGAAAGACUUUAAAGAGAGUGAUGUGGUCUGCGAUAAGAAGAAUGGCAAUGUAGCUGGGUCAGCACUGAGCACUUAUGAAUUGCUGAAGGAAAACGAGACCAUGGCAAGACUGCAGGCCCUUGUGAAGAGGACUGGUGUCAGUUUAGAGAAGUUGGAGGUGAGAGAAGAAGCUGGAAGUAACAAAGAUUUGAAGGUUCAUUGCGAUGAGGAAGAGCUGAAGGUUCAUCAGCUUAACAUCCAAAUCAGGGAAAUCUUUGCCAAUCGCUUUACUCAGAUGUUUGCUGAUUAUGAGGUGUUUGUAAUUCAGCCAAACCAAGACAAGGAAUCCUGGUUCAAUAACCGGGAACAAAUGCAGAACUUUGAUAAGGCUUCUUUCCUUUCAGACCAGCCUGAGCCCUACCUGCCAUUUCUGUCCAGGUUUCUUGAAACACAAAUGUUUGCGUCAUUCAUUGACAAUAAAAUAAUGUGUCACGACGAUGAUGAUAAAGACCAAAUUUUAAGGGUGUUUGAUUCCCGAGUCGACAAAAUAAGGACUUUGAAUGUUAGAACACCAACACUGCGUACAUCAAUGUAUCAGAAGUGUACUACUAUUGAUGCAGCAGAAAAGUCUAUUGAGCUGCGACUUGCAAAAAUUGACCAUACUGCGGUACACCCUCACCUAUUAGAUAUGAAGAUCGGCCAGGGAAAGUAUGAAUCUGGAUUCUUCCCAAAACUACAGUCAGAUGUGCUUUCCUCUUCACCAGCCAGUAACAAGUGGGUAAAGAGGAGUGCCCCAGCCCAGUGGAGGCGAAAGGACCGGCAAAAACAGCACACAGAACACCUACACCUUGAUAAUGAUCAAAGAGAGAAAUACAUACAGGAAGCUCGGAAUCUUGGCACGGGCAUGCGUCAGCCUAAGCUAUCCAACCUCUCUCCAUCAGUAAUUGCACAUACCAACUGGAAAUUCGUUGAGGGUCUGCUGAAGGAAUGUCGUAAUAAAACUAAGCGCAUGUUGGUGGAGAAAAUGGGGCGUGAAGCAGUAGAGUUGGGUCAUGGUGAGGUGACACUCACAGGAGUGGAGGAGAAUACAUUAAUUGCCAGCCUCUGUGACUUGUUAGAGAGAAUAUGGAGUCAUGGACUACAGGUCAAACAAGGUAAAUCAGCCCUCUGGUCUCAUCUGUUACAUUACCAAGAAAAUAAGGAGAAAAAAGAAGCUUUGCUUGGAACCACCAGCAGCCCAGGAUUCAUCCAGGAUCAAGACAGGAGGAAGCUUGAUGGUUCUGGCAUGUCUCCCUUAAAGAUCUCGCUCAUCCAGGAUAUGAGGCAUAUACAGAAUAUUGGUGAGAUCAAAACUGAUGUGGGCAAAGCCCGAGCUUGGGUGAGACUUUCUAUGGAGAAGAAACUGCUGUCCAGACAUCUCAAGCAGCUGCUUUCAGACCAUGAGUUAACAAAAAAACUUUAUAAACGUUAUGCCUUCCUUCGCUGCGAUGAUGAGAAAGAACAAUUCCUGUACCACCUCCUUUCAUUCAACGCAGUGGAUUACUUCUGCUUUACUAAUGCCUUUACAACAAUCAUGAUUCCAUACCAUGUGUUGGUCAUUCCCAGUAAGAAGUUAGGCGGCUCCAUGUUUACAGCAAAUCCCUGGAUCUGUAUAUCAGGAGAGUUGGGAGAGACGGGUAUCUUGCAAAUACCCAAAAGUAUCCUUGAAAUGACAUUUGAGUGUCAGAACUUGGGAAAACUUACCACAGUGCUCAUUGGCCAUGAUAACUCGGGAUUGUAUGCCAAAUGGCUUGUGGACUGUGUUGUGGUUCGGAAUGAAAUAACGGGUCAUGCAUACAAAUUUCCAUGUGGCAGGUGGCUAGGAAAGGGUGUAGAUGAUGGGAGUCUGGAAAGGAUCCUUGUUGGUGAACUUGCUACAGCCACUCAAGAAAAUGAUGAGCGUCACUGUCGAACUCCUCCGAUGCAGCAAUCUCCGAGUAUGAUCAGGAGGUUUGUCAAUAUAACUCCCACCAACAGACCAAAGCUAAACACAGGCCAGAUACAAGAAUCUGUAGGAGAAGCCAUCAAUGGGAUCGUCAAACACUUUCACAAGCCUGAGAAGGAGCGGGGCAGCCUGACGUUACUGCUCUGUGGGGAAAAUGGACUUGUGUCAGCUUUAGAACAGGUGUUCCACCAUGGAUUUAAGUCACCUCGACUCUUCAAAAGUGUUUUCAUUUGGGAUUUUUUGGAAAAAGCAUCUGUAUACUUUGAGAGUUUGGAACAUACUGAACAUACCCAAGAAGAGAACUGGCAAACCAGGGCUAAGAAAUUUUGCAAGUUUGUUGCUGCUAUUAAUACUGCUCCUCGGAAUAUUGGAAAGGAUGGGAAGUUUCAGCUACUGGUGUGUCUGGGGGCAAGGAAUCAUCUCUUGCAUCACUGGAUUGCACUGCUUGCUGAUUGCCCCAUUAUUGCACAGAUGUACGAAGAUACAGCUCUGAUUAAAGACCACACUCUAGUUAACUCCCUAAUCAGAGUGCUGCAAACCUUACAGGAAUUUAACAUCACACUGGAGACAUCGCUGGUCAAAGGUAUUGACAUUUAAAGCCAAUCAUCAGCACCUAAGAAAAGACCAUGCAAAAAAUGGUGCAUAUGUGACACACAGUUUUGAAACUACAAAGGAAAAUACCUGCAAUAUUGGAAUUCAACAACUUGUCUUGAAGUUGCAGGAACUAUUUGCCAUAUAAUGUAUGCACAGAACCAUUUUGAACCUACACCCAAGAUUGCAUAAGGUUAUUGUAAGGUUUGAGAGAAUGUGCAGAUUUUUAAUGUUUAUGUCAGCUGUUGAUAGUCUCUUUUGGUUGUACAGUGUUGUGCAGCCUAUCCAAGAAUGAUGCUUGUUUAAAUUUUUUUUCUAAAAGAAGAAAGAAGUAUUAAGUUUGAUUUAUUUCGCUGCAGAUUGCCAAUAUUUGCACUGUUAACCUGCAGUUUAAAUAGUGUCUCAAUUUUUUAAGUGUAUAUAAAGCCUGUGCACUGAAUUAUGCACAUUUACUUUGUAGCUGCUAAAAAGUGUGUGUGUGUGUAUAUAUAAUAUAUAUAUAAGAAAAGUUUGUAUGUUUGUGUAUAUUGAUAUACAGUAUUCUUGUAAAUUUAAUUGGCAAGUUGGUAGUAUUUUUUCAAAUGUUGAUGAGAAAGGGUUGAAGAUAACAUUCUGAUAUUGUGCUGAGAAAAUACAAUAUUUGUAACAUUUUUGAUUUUAAAAACAUUCUUCAGUUGUUUUCUCUUUACCUUCUAUGACAUGAAGUUGAGAAUUGAUAGCUCAUAAUUAAAUAAUUGCCCUUAGCAUUCAACUUCCUCCGGUCUCUUAAUGAACUUAAACUAAAUUUGUUUAGUGUAACAUUAAGGUUCAAAAAGCUGUACGUUCAUAAUACAUUUUUGUGUGCACAUGUAUGACUUAUAGUUUUUAAUGCAUUUUCUGAUUGGCUGCUGCUAUCUAUUAUAAUAACAUCUGUAAUCUAGGGAACAUGGGAGGAAGUUCUACCAUCUGGGUUAUCGCACUUAAAUUCAGUGUUUACUCUUUUCCUUUUGUGCAUGUGGUCAGAUUUUAACAUUCCAGGGCUUAAAAAAUGCUUUCUGGGAAGUUUUUCAAUUUUCUUUUAUCUCUAUCUUUGGGAUUAAGUUUUAUUUAUCACUUAAAUAUACAUAAGAAAUUGUGUUCUGGAUUUUUUUUUAACUGUGAUAAAAUAAGGUUAAAAUGAAAGUUCAUUCAAAUGUUUUUAUUUCUUCUGAUGUAGGAAUGAUUUUUUCAUCUGACUGUGAUUUAUGCAAAGUUUUUGACUUUAUCAAAUUAUAUUGUUGCAAGUUACUUUCCUGUAAACUAGGCUGCAUCCAUAAUUCCCUAAUAUUCCUGUGACAUAAGUUUUAUUACGGUAGUACAGAUUUAGCACUAUCCAUUAUUUUAACACCAGUAAUAUCAGUAUUAUUUUCCAGGUUUGUUAUGUCAUUGAACUUGCUAAUAGCCCCAUUUAAUAUCCAGAUUAUUCCCUGACAUACCUUGAAACAUUUGUAAAAUAAAUUACAUAUCAACAAACUUCUCGUUAGUAUUCAAGGUGGCAAAAUGACCUACAAGCCAUUUGUAAUGAAUAGCUGAAGGGAAGCUAGUUAGUUUCUGCUUCUGGAAGCAUGAAGAAUAGCAACUAUUCUGCCUUGGGUUCUUUGGCAAGCAACACUGUAUUAGGAAAGUUCUUUCUUCAAGGAUUGAAGUUGGUUAUGGACUGAUACCAGACUGGAAAUUGUUGGUAUUCCUGAAGAAGGGAAAUGUCCAGCUUUGUCUGUUAAUGACCUGAAUAGAAACUUAUUUGUGUCUUGCUUUGCCUUUUUCUUUUGAUCCUUUUAGGAGUCAGGCAUUAAAUUUAUUGCAGAACUGAGUGGCUGCCAGUGAUUUCUGCCAUUAUUCAUCCUUGUGAAUAUCAAAGUGGGUUUCCAUGCAUUAAUUACAUUGCAGAUUCUCAUGAUUUUGUUGAAUAGACUGAAAGAGAUGAACCAUUAUGAUUUAGUUGUGUGAGGAAUUGUUUUCAACUUGCCCAAUGAGCAUUUUCAAUGUUCAGUAAAUCAUGAACUUUAAUAAAGUAGCACUCAUUACAGCAAUUGAAAACCAAAUUAUUAUCAUGCUGCAGUCAUAAUGUUAUAAUAUACAGCCUUCUAUGGUGUUUAUGUUAAAGAAAGAUCUGUGUGCAAUAAUGUAGAAGAUGUCAUACAUUCAAAGUAAAGUAAAAUGUACAGUUGAAAUGCUGAAAUAUUUAGGAAUGAUUUUCAGUACAUCAGUGAUUGAACUAGUGUAAGCUAUUGUUACAGUUGGCAGUUCCUGUGAACUUCCUGGCAAAUAAUUAGCCAGACAUAGCUAAUAUGAUGAGGAAUGUUCCGCUGUAUAAGAAAGGUGGGAGGCAGCAUAAAGGAAAUUACAGACCUAUUAGUCUGAUGUCAGUGGUGGGAAAGUUAUUGGAAUCGAUCCUCAAGGAUGGGGUUAUGGAAUACCUAGAGGUGCAGGGCAAGAUAGGUCCUAGCCAACAUGGUUUUGUAAAGGGAAGAUCCUGUCUGACCAAUCUAUUGGAGUUUUUUGAAGAAAUCACAGGUAGGGUGGAUAAGGGAGAGGCAGUAGAUGUUGUGUAUUUAGACUUUCAAAAGGCCUUCGACAAGGUGCCGCAUAAGAGACUGAUUAAUAAGAUGAGAGGUCAUGGAAUUACAGGUAGGAUAACAGAAUGGGUGGAGCAUUGGCUGGUUGGCAGGAAGCAAAGGGCGGGAAUAAAAGGAUCUCGUUCUGGUUGGCUACCGGUUACUAGUGGUGUUCCGCAGGGGUCAGUGUUGGGGCCGCUUCUUUUUACCUUGUACGUUAACGAUUUGGAUGAUGGAGUAAAUGGUUUUGUGGUUAAGUUUGCGGAUGACACCAAGAUAGGUGGAGGAGUAGGGAGUAUUGAGGAGACAGGAAGGUUGCAGAGAGACCUAGAUAGUUUAGGAGAAUGGGCAAGGAAAUGGCAGAUGAGAUUCAAUGUUGAGAAAUGUGCAGUUGUACACUUUGGAAACAGAAAUAACCGGGCAGAUUAUUAUCUAGAAGGAGAGAAAAUUCAAAGUACAGAAGUACAAAGGGACUUGGGGGUACUCGAGCAGGAUACCUUAAAGGUUAACCACCAGGUCGGAUCGGCGGUAAAGAAAGCGAAUGCUAUGCUGGCAUUCAUUUCGAGAGGUAUAGUGUAUAAAAGUAAGGAACUGUUGAUAAGGCUCUACGGGGCACUAGUGAGGCCUCAUUUGGGAUACUGUGCACAGUUUUGGGCCCCAUAUCUUAGGAAAGAUGUGCUGAUGUUGGAGAGGGUUCAGAGGAGAUUUACAAGGAUGAUUCCCGGAAUGAAAGGGCUUACGUAUGAUGAGCGUUUGUCGGCUCUUGGACUGUACUCACUGGAGUACAGAAGAAUAAGAGGGGACCUCAUAGAGACAUUUAAAAUGUUGAAAGGACUGGACAGAGUAGAUGUGGCUAGGCUGCUUCCCUUGGUGGGUGAGUCCAGGACCAGAGGGCACAAUCUUAGAAUUAGAGGGUACAGGUUUAAAACAGAGAUGAGGAGAAAUUUCUUUAGCCAGAGGGUGGUGAAUUUGUGGAAUUCCUUGCCAGGUACAGCAGUGGAGGCCAGAUCAUUGGAGACGUUUAAGGAAGAGAUAAAUAGAUAUCUAAAUAGUCGGGGUAUCAAGGGAUAUGGGGAUAAGGCCGGAAAUUGGGGUUAGAAUAGUGUGUUUUUUUUUCAGCUGCCCCCCCCACCAAUUUCUCAUUUCUUUUUCUUUUUUCCCUUUUCCUUAGAGCAGACUUGAUGGGCCGAAUGGCCUACUUCUGCUCCCUUGUCUUGUGAUCUUGUGAAUGAUAGAUUCCCAUCCUGCAUGGUUUAAGUUCACUAAAUUGCCAAACUAGGUACAACAAAAUUCUUAAUCAGUUCACUUGCAACUUUUAAUGUUCUUGCAUUAAUUUUAAACAGUCAAAUCUUUCGAAACUGGGAAAUAAGUGCAUCUGUCCUGGGAAACAAAAUUAAUGGCUAAGGUAUUGCUUUUGUAGCUCAUCUAACUAGUUGCUGGUGUUUUAAUUUGCCCUUGUAUGUUUAGGCUGUUAAUUGUUUUUGUUUGGCAAGAUUAUGUAAAAACUGGGCAUAUAAUGCCAGAGUGAACAGGAAAAUUCACCACGUAUCUCCUUAACCAAUUAGACUGAAGGAUUCAUAACAUUUAAUACUUUCUUUUUAAUAAUUAAACAAUUAUGUCAUGAGUGUACAAUACAAUAGAACUGAGGAGUGACAUAAACUAGGGACCACAAAUACAGGGUAACGACUAAUAAAUCAAAAAAUUAAUUUGGGAGAAGCUUCUUUACCAAGGCAGAAGUCAGAAUGUGGAAUACCACAAGGAGCAACUGAGACAAAUAACAUACAUUUGAGGGGAACUAGAUAAACAUGCAAGGGAGAAAGUAAUCUGUUAUGAAAGCAGGACUAGGUGAAAAAAGUGAGAGGAGAUUAUUAUGAAGUUAUGGUCAAAAGAUAUGUUUCUUUAUAUUUUAUCAAUUUUAAAUUUGGUUUUAUGUUGAAAUGUUAUUGAUGUCUGGAAUCAGUUAUCAGAAUUGUUAUGUAUUAGAAAUAGUGCAAACUUCACAUUUAAUAUUCUUAUCUCCAACUUGUUUGGGCAUAUGGUACAAUAUACAUUCAUCAAAUUGCCCAAUAAUCAGUAUUUCUAAAAUGUUGAUCUGUUACCAUAAUAUUUGAUUCUUCACUGAUAUUUAAUAAUAGAUGUUAAUUUGUUCAGUAUAACAAAUCUUUUAAAUUUCACUUUUAAAAUAUCUUAGUUUAAAUAACAAACUUUGUGGGCACCAUUCUGUUCCCAAUUUAAAUAUUGGAGAUUUUUCCUUUUGAAGAGUGGGUAGUAUUUUUUCUGAACAUUUCUUUUCUUGCCCCCAUCUCUCUCAUUCUCACUCAGACAUGCAGAAGAUCUUGAAUGAAUACUUGUAAGUCUUGCUGACUAGAAACUUGAUCACAUAUGUUUUGUGUCCAAUGCAAUGAAAAGUCAAUUGUAAAUGAAAAGUGGAAUUUGCACCCAAGUUCCACAAAAUUUGUGAUUCGUUUCCUUCCAGUUCUGUGCUCCUGAUAAUGCACCAAGGAGACCAGACCUGCACAGUGUCAUGUAAUGGAUUACUAGAUGGUGCUUCUAGUUAUUGGAUUCCAUGUGCAAAUUUAAGCCACCCUUGCGAAAGUAGGUUUUUCCAGUGUUGUGAAGCCACCUCCAGUAUUACUUAAAGGUCACUUAAUUGAACAGGUCCCAGCACGUGGAGUCCAGCCCUGGGAACUUCUGGUAGGACACCUUAAGUAAACAUACCACAGUGAUCAUUCUUCCUUGGGAGUGGGCUGUUCGAUUUCCCACCAAUUUGCCAGCCCAUUCUUCCCACUGACUACUGACCAAUUGGCUUCUUUCCCCUCAACCCACCCCUCAGCACCCUAUAAUCCAGACCCAGAUGUAACUGAUUUAUUUUUGUGCCCUCACAAUGAUGAAGCACAUUCAGGAAAGAAUUUCCUCACGUAGGGCCUUUGACUUUGUGCUCUACAGAACUUUACAGUUGCAGAUCCUUGGAUAAAACUAAUUUGCAGCCUCCUUAACCCACUUCAUUUGCCACUUUUUUUUGUUAAGUUCUGAACCUACAAUCAUUCAAAAUGUUUCAACUAUUUUGAUCAUUUUCUUCAAUAACUGCAAGUGUAUUGUAAGAACAUUAAUAUUAAUACAUGUUUUACUAUUGAAUUGCUCUUUUUGUUUAAGAUUUGAUUGAAGGCUUUAAAUUGUUCCACAAGAAUGACUUAGGCUUGUCUUUUUUUUAUUUAUUCAUUCAUGGGAUGAGUACAUCCAGGACAUUUGUUGUGCUUCCAUAAUUGACCCUGAGCAUGCUAGCCAUACUUUUGCCAGCACUUUGACUCCGUGAGUUGAAGUCCCAUCUUGGCGUGAAAGCACAGAACACUGAGUAGAACAAUCCAGCCUGUUCUGAAACAGCAGCUCACAAAUGUGUCCGUUCAAAAGUGUGCUAAUAAUUCCGGUUGGAAAAACAGAGCUCAAUAUAUUUUUGUAGAGAAAUGGUAUUUACAGAUUUCAGGGAGUGUGAAUUGAAGGAUGAACAAAGAGCAUGUUAAUUACUACAAAGAUGUUAAAUAACAUUUAAGGGAAUUUUAUUUGAAGUGUACAGUAGGAGAUACUGCUGGCUUCCUUGUCAAUUGUUUCUUUACUACUCUGUUUCAUUUCUAUUGAUUAACUGACCUUAGUGCGGCAGGAGAAGUAGUUAAAACAAAACUAUCUUCAAAACUCCAAAUCUUAUGAAACUUCAUUGAAGUAUCUGUUCUUGUAUUGAGUUUCAACAGUGACAAAGGAGAUUCCCUUUUCUCUAAAACAAGGAUACUGAAUCCUCAAUAGAAUCCCAUUUGAGAAUAGCUAUCCUAGUCUCAUGUUGUCAAAUAGUUAUUACUUGUAAACAGUACACAGACAAGUGUAAUGUUGUACAUUUGGAGAAGAUAUCCAGUGCCACCUGCUGAAAAGACUAUGAUUUUUGGGUGAUCACCUGACUGACUUUGGUUGUGAUGCAUCUAUGAUUGAAUAGUCUAGAACAAAGUAUGAUGAAAACACUUCAACCAACUAACAAUAUCCAAUUGUGAAUUUGCAUCUUUGGGAGAAUGGAAAAGACAAAGGGGAAUAAAUUUGUGUCUCAUUGCUCAAAUGAGAGCACUUAACAGCACUCAGUAUACCAAUGUUAGAGCUUGAAGUGUUACAUCAUCAAUCACAUAUUUAAAAGUUCUCAUAUUAAAUGCACAUAGUACUAAAUUCAUGUUCUUAAAGUAGUGUUGAUGCAUCACUUCAAUGAUGUGUGUACAAAACUUCUGUAGUGACAAAACCAAAAUUAACACUACAGUUUAAUUUUUCUGAUUUUACAUGGAACAGUUUGGAUUCUUUUAGCCAUGAAUAUAUUGGUUAGAAUGUCAUAAGCUUUUUAGUGAUUAAUAAUCAUAUGAACAUUUUAUAACAAGUUGUACAGUAUCAGAUGAUAGUAUAAAGAAGAUUUAAUUAUUCUCAAAUACUUGGUCUCCCAAGUAGCAAAAUAUUAAUUACAUUACACACAUAUAUUUCAGAUCUAUUUUGAUAUGAAGCAAAAUAAAGUGUUGUCUGUUUUAUUUCUGUCAAGGAUUUGCUGUAGUGAUUUACAUGGAACUAUGACCAGUUAAGUUCUUAAAAAAAAACUAACUUUCCUCCUCAUGCUCUGUAGUGGAGGCAGCUGCAGAGAAUUACAUUUAAUAGAAACUAUAAUUAAUUAUUCAACUGAGAUUUGGUGAGUGAGGACAUAUGUUUAUUAUAACUAGUAAUUGUGUACAGUGUAUUUAAAUUGUAUUAAUGAAGACAUGUUGAUAGUGACAAAGUCUGUAUUUAUAAGUGUAUGUAUAUUUUUACAUUACAAACUUGCUCCUGUGAGUAGAUAAUGACUAAUAAUUGAAUGGGGGAUUGGGUUUAUAGAAGGCACAGUUUGUUUUUAUCUGUUUAACUACCCUGUUAUCUAUUCUGUAGACAAAACUAGAUCUGUACUAUAUAGGAAUCCACUGGUGUUGUAUUUCAAAUUGUCCUUAUAAAUAAACUGUAAAUGUUUGAUAA